AUGGUGAUGUGUGAUGAUAUAGACGAAUGUUUGGAGAACAAAGACGAUUGUGAUCAACUGUGUAUCAAUAACAACGGCUCAUUUGUUUGCCAGUGUUCUGUAGGAUAUCGCCUCCAACUAGAUGGAAAGUCUUGUCAAGACAUCAAUGAAUGUGUUGAGAAUACCCAACCUUGCAAUAUUUCUGGUCAACAGUGUGUAAAUACGGCAGGAAGGUAUCGGUGCGAGUGUCCUGGUGGCACGAUUCUUGUCAAUAAUAGCUGCCAAGUUGAGUUAUCAACUCCUACUGUUGUGACAACUGAAUUACCAACUUCUACUGUAAUGAUGACAACUGAAUCACCAACUUCUACUGUAAUGGUGACAACUGUACCAUCCACUUCAUUGUCAGAUUUUGUUUCUGUAACAGUUACUGCAAAAACCCGUUCAGUCACUGCAACAGUGCCCUCAAAUGUAACCACGCCUGCUACUGCACCUGAAUUAAUUGCUGUGGUAGUUGCCAAUAUGACAUUGUCAGAGUUCAAUGCUUCUGAGUCAAACUUUACAAGAGCUGUGGCUCAAGUUCUAUCCAGUUACUGUAGCGACAAUGUAGCAGAAUGUUCACAACAAGCUUCUUCUUCUAAGAGAAAGCGUGCAGUACUAGUUAUCGAUCCAACAGAUGUGAUUGUUGUGAGACCAGUGCAUGUGGUGGAAUCUAAUCUUCGGAUUAUGUUUUAUGUUCGAGCACUUAUUUCGGCUGAUACUGCAGUUCACGCUCUUAACUCAACAAGUGGGCAGCAACAGUUGAGAGAUUCGGGAUUUACAGUGCUUUCUGUUAUUGCCAUUCCUUCCACCACUACGACUGCCACAACAUCUGCAACUCCCACUAAUCGUGGAAAGACCGAUGAUUCUGGUCUUAGCACUGGUCAGUUGGCUGGCAUUAUUGCUGCUUGUGGGAUUACUGCUAUUCUUGUCAUCAUUGCCAUUGCAUUAUGGUGCUAUAGAUGCGGUAGACAAUCUAAAGUGAGUCCGGGUAAUGUUGAUGAUGAUUAUGAUGAUGGGGAUGGUAAGGAAAGUAUGCAACUGGUGGCCAGGAAAUUUGAAGGAGAUCCUAACAAGACCACAUCUCAUUCUCGGGUUGACUAA